UAUUUCAUUCAAUUUAAUCAUAAUAGAAGCAGAGCGUGAAGCGUGUUUUUGUAAAGGAUGGCAGGGCCGGCCUCAGUCGCUGGUGAUGUUUUUGUCGAUGCUCUGCCUUAUUUUGACCAGGGUUAUGAUGCUCCAGGGGUCAGAGAAGCCGCAGCUGCUUUGGUGGAGGAAGAGACGAGACGAUACAGACCAACCAAGAACUAUUUGAGCUACCUUCCCACGCCAGAUUUCUCUGCUUUUGAGACCGAUAUCAUGAGGAAUGAAUUUGAGAGACUGUCAGCUCGUCAACCAAUGGAGCUGCUCAGUAUGAAGAGAUAUGAGCUUCCUGCUCCAUCGUCUGGGCAGAAGAAUGACAUCACAGCAUGGCAGGACUGUGUCAAUAACUCUAUGGCGCAGCUGGAGCAUCAGGCAGUGCGCAUUGAAAACCUCGAGCUCAUGGCUCAGUAUGGAUCUAAUGCGUGGAAGGUGUCUAAUGAUAACUUGGCCUUAAUGAUUGAAAAUGCACAAAAGGAACUGCAGAAGGCUAGAAAGCAGAUACAGGACCUGAACUGGCAGCGCAAAAACGAUCAGCUGGCUGGAGGAGCCAAACUACGAGAACUUGAGUCAAACUGGGUGUCUCUCGUUAGUAAGAACUAUGAGAUCGAGCGAGCCAUCGUACAGCUGGAGAACGAAGUGGCACAGAUGAAACGGCAACAGGGUGAUGAAAACAAAGAGAAUAUUCGACAGGAUUUUUAAAUAAUCAAAACAGUUCAACACCAUCUUGAAACUGUCAGACUUUGCUAAAGCAAAGGAUCACCAAAGUGUGAUGUUGUGUUUUUUGUUUUGUUCCGUUUUCGUGACGAACAGAGAAAACAGUCUUUGUAAAACACAAAUGAGCAAUAGUGUUGUAGUGCAAACAGAGGGUAAGCUGGUGUAUAGUUCAUGAUUUUGCACCAAAAUUAAACAAGUUGUCCAUUUGGAUUCUGGAAAUCAGUAACUCACAUUUGUUUACUGUAUACAUAAAGUAGUUAAUGUGGGUGUGUUGACAUUUAUAACAAUUUUGUGUUUAUAUACAAUUACCUGGUGGACAUUUAUUUCAUCUAAAUUUUUAUGUUCUACUCUAUUUGUAAUAUUUUUUUUAAAUAUACAAUAAAAUGGUGAAAU